AUGGAUCUAUUCAAGCAACCUGCAGCAAAGCGGCUAAAAGGGGUCUCCUCGCCAUUUUCCGCUGAUAACUUCAUUUCCGGCGCCUUGUCAUCUUCAUUGUUGGGUGAAGACGGCGGCAACAAAGACCUCAAAGAUACAAUGCUCACAUCUAAUCAAAAGUCGAGAAUGGAGUUCAAUAAAUCGCUUGCAAAGGCCAAAAUGAACCUCAAACUAUGCUCUGAUAAAACCUCCAAGUUAAACGCAAAUGGUGAUGGCGUAGGAUAUGUGAAGUCAGAGGAACUGUUGGUUGAGGAGACAUGGUUGGAAGCACAGGGGAAUUUCAGAAGCCCUAUGCAAAGAACUUGUGCAGAUUUGUUGAAAAGGAUUUGA